CAGCCAUGUUCCGCCUCGUAACAAUGCUCGCGCUGCUCGCGACGUCAACCACUGCCAUGAACGUGUUGAUCACGGGUGCGACGGGCCGCCUGGGAGAGCUCUUGUACGCCCAGGCCAAGGCCGACCCGGCCAUCGGCGCCGUCAAGGCCUUCGUGACCAACGUCACCAAGGCGAAACAGUACCUGAACUGCACGAAGUGCGACGCCUCCGAGGGCAUUUUUGUCGGCAACGUCACCGACCGCGCGUCGCUCGACGCGGCCAUGGCCGGCGUCGACGCCGUCCUCGUCGCCGUCGGCGCGUCUCCCGGCGACUCCGCGGACCAGCAGAAGGCCGUGGAGUUCGCCGGCGUCGAGAACACGGUCGCGGCGCUCUACGCCGCGCCGGGCCCGACGCCCCCCGUCGCGCGCCAGGUCGUGCUCUGCUCGUCCAUGGGCACUACGCAGCCCGACCCGUCGCCGCAGGAGGGCGGCAGCAUCCUCUUCUGGAAGCUCAACGCCGAGGCGCACGUGCUCGCCGCCGAUCUCAAGGGCGUCGUCGUCAAGCCCUGCGGCCUGUCCAUGGGCGCGGGCGGCGAGAAGGCGCUCGUCGCGGGCCGCGACGACGCGCUGCUGACGGAGCUCAAGGUGCCCGUCAUGCCCCGGGCCGACGUCGCGCGCGUCAUGCUGCGCGCCGUCGUCCGCGGCG